AAUAUUAUUAACUAUUUGUUAGAAUUUUAGAUGAUUGAUGACUAGGUGUCUGAAAAAAAUGUAAAAUAUUUGUAUGAAGAAUCUGAACAUCAGUUGAAAAGUCAAGACUCAGAUAUUAUGGGCUCUGUUGUGAAAGAUGUCGCAUUAAAGGAAGACGCGCCACAAACAUUCUUAUUGGAGAAACACAUUGAAUAUAUUGCUGCGUAUGGAGCAAACAAGGAGGAUUAUGAAUAUUGCAUGACGGAAUAUUUAAGACUGAGUGGCAUUUAUUGGGGCUUGACUGCUGUGGAUCUUAUGCAUAGUAGAAACAGAAUGAACGAAAAUGAAAUUGUUGAGUUUGUUGUUUCGUGUCAGAAAGAAUGUGGUGGUUUUGGUCCAGCACCCGCCCAUGAUCCAAGUAUAUUGUAUACAUUGAGUGCUGUACAGGUGUUAUGUAUGUUGGAUAAAUUGGACAAAAUCCACAUUGACAAAGCUGUUGCAUUUAUUGCUGGUUUACAAAAUAAGGAUGGUUCGUUUUCUGGGGAUAAAUGGGGAGAAGUAGACACAAGAUUUUCCUUCUGUGCUGUGGCUGCUCUAUCGUUAGUUGGCCGCUUAUGGAGUGACUGCCCCAUCAACAUCGAGAAGUGCGUGGAAUUCAUUUUGUCGUGUAUGAACUUUGAUGGGGGAUUCGGAUGCAGGCCUGGGUCUGAGUCGCACUCUGGACAGAUAUACUGCUGUGUUGGAGUGCUUUCAAUAUUACGUGAACUUCAUCAUAUUGAUGAUGGUUUACUGGGGUGGUGGCUUUGUGAACGACAACUACCAUCAGGUGGUUUGAAUGGUAGACCUGAAAAGUUGCCAGAUGUUUGUUACUCGUGGUGGGUUCUCUCAUCCUUAGCAAUACUGGGCAAGCUACACUGGAUUGAUAAACACAAGUUGAAAAUGUUCAUUCUUGCUUCACAAGAUAAUGAGACUGGUGGUAUCGCUGAUAGACCAGGAGAUAUGGUGGAUCCAUUUCACACUUUGUUUGGUAUAGCUGGUUUAUCAUUAUUGGGGGAAACCUCAUUAAAACAAAUCAACCCGGUGUAUUGCAUGCCACAAGAUGUAUUGAACAAACUUGGUGUUAAUGCUCAAAUACUAGAUUCACAGUGAGACAAAAUGUUUUCUUGUCUUAAAUUAGGUGCGAUUGUAGUUUGCCAACAUUGCAAAGUUGAAAGUGGUUUUCGUAAAUAGGCUCGAUACAGUUUAACUGACUGUUUGCAGAUAUUCAAACUAUUUCUUUUAGUCUUGUUGCAUGUUUUUCAAUGAUACUUAAAACUUCAUAUUUAAAAGUUAUGUCGUAUUUUAUUCGAUUAUCAUAUUAAGUAUGUGUGGUUAAAUCACAUUAUCAUUGUUGUACAAUCAUUAUGUCGGUGUUCAUUAAUUGAAAUUUGCAUUUGGAAAUAUCACUGUUACCUGUUGGCUGCAUUUAUGUACAAUCUGUAUGGCAAGAUAAGGUCACAUCGUUGCGUAUAAAACUUAUAUGUGUUUUUAACCAGCAAAUCUAAGAAACACACACAAUCACACUGCUUUUAUUGAAUGAAGUGCUAUCUAGAUUCACAGUAAAUGAUGAAUAUACACAUGAUUCUAUAAUGGACGGAAGAUAAAAUCAUUGAUUUAAAUAAAUAAACAAAU